UUACAAAUUUAGUUUUCGACUUUCUACAUACACAACAGUUAAGCCGUCUUGACUAGACCCCCAGAUCAGAAUACAGACUAGAAAUUAAAAGGUAGAUUGUCAUUUAAGAUUUAUCAGGCGAAGUGCUGACACUGCUGAUGAGUGGUUCGCCGUUCGACUUCAAUGAUCAAUCGUUUAUCGUCAAAUGUCAAUCGUCACGAAAUUGAAUUGAAUUUAUAUUACAAUAAUAUUAAAAUUUUAUGCUGAAAUCAAAUUUUUGACUAAAUUACAUUUACGAGUUUUAAAUAAAACUAAAACUAGACGAAGUAAAUUCAUAAUUCCAAAAUACCAUAGUUUUCACAAUUUAUAUAUUCAAGAGUAUUAGAUAAGGGUCAAACGACCAUCUCGUGCAGUCUUCUGCUUUCACAACACAUGCGCAAUGGAAAAAUUAAUAGAGUGCUUGGAAGUGGAACAUUCCUGCAUAUUUUAAACAUUAUUAAUAAUUCCUUUUACGCGCUACGAUAGUUCCAUUAGUGACUGUUUCUUUGAAAAAGAAGAAAGUGCUCAUUGAGAAAGGUUUGGUUGUACACCAAAAGUUAGCAAUUUGCAACCGCCGCUCUACACUGACCGUCUAAAGUAAACAUGCCUGCGACCGACGGCUCAUCAGAAUCUACAAAUCUUGUACCACCUAGUAAUUUAAAACCAAGCUACAUGAAUCUCAUUAAUAAUAGUGCAGCUGUAAUUUUUAAUGGGAUUAUAAUUUAUUGCUGCUUUCGCGAUGGAGUAACAUUGUUCUCCUUUCAUCCAAUUCUCAUGUCAAUAGGGUGGCUGAUAUUUAUGUGUAGUGCUGUCAAUGCUGUCACUCCUGGUGAUUUUGCAACAGAGUGGAUGCCUAUACGCCUUCGCAGUGCAAGGCACUGGGUACUUCAACUGGUUGCUGCUACAGUUAUACUAACAGGUUUUAUUAUAAUAAUUAUAAAUAAAAUCAUUAAUGAUAAGCCACAUUUUGUCUCCUUGCAUGCCAAAUUUGGUUUAGCAGCCAUUAUAUUUACUUUUUUAACUAGUCUUGGUGGACUCACCACCCUAUAUAGUCUUAAGCUGAAAGAUUACAUGGCACCAAUUUACAUAAAAGUAAUACAUGCUUCUGUCGGGUUAAUUACACUUUGUUUAGGUGUGAUAACAAUAGUUUUAGGCAAUUUUUCAAACUGGUGGUCAUUUGGAGAGGUCUUAAGGUUCAUCUCAAUAAUACUGGUAUUAAUAGUUCUAACUCUGACAAUUUUACGACCAACCCUAAAAGUAUAUUUUCGUCUAAAAGAAAGAUUUGGAUAUGUUAGUUCAAACUAUUAGAUAAAAAAUUGUAUGUUUUAACAAAUAAAUAAAUUAUUUUUUAAUUUCAAUAUAUUCAUUAUCAUUCCAUUAUUUUAAUUAUACUUAAUGUUUGUUUGCUGUUGACAAGACAAACUAGUUGUGCAUCCAUUAUUGUAGAUGUAACUUACCCAUAGGAUUGCAACAAUCUUUUAUUUGCUAUAAAGAACAUAUGUUGAUAGAAAAGGUUUGUUACAUUUCUAUUUAUAUGGCAUGGUGGAGAAAAUUUGUACAAUAAACUUUAAGUUUUAGUAACUAAUACAGUCCGUUAAUGACUUCAAAAAAUAAAAUUCCUUAGAUGUUGAGUGACAUAGGCAUGUGUGUAAGUCAAUAAAAGACUGCUUACUAUGUCUUACCCUUAUUAGCAUUUAGCAACAGAAUUUCAACCUACACAGUAUUUCAGAAAACUAGAUCUUUAUAAUUAAUUACUGUUUAAUUUGAAUUAUUACCAAAUGCUAUGCCAAAUUGCUAUGCUUAAGCCAAAACGAUUCCUAUGUAAAAAAAAUAUACUGUAAAAAGUAAUGGCACAUUAUUUUGUACUCUAUUUUUAAUCAUUAUACAACUCUUUACUGAAUAAUUAUUUUAAAAGGAACAAAAUAUAUACUUUAUAA